CUUUUUUACUCUUUGGUGCGAGUGCACAAACCAAUUCAUCGACUAUGGAAUAUUUUAAUUCAAAAUUAUUAUAAUUUUGUAAUGUAAUCAAAUCGUCAAAAUUAUUCAACGUAAUUUUAAAUUCGACGAAAUUUCCGUAGUUAUUAUGAUUUAGUGUAAAUUACCAACCUUAUAUUUUCUAGACUGAACUAAAUUACUAGUUUUCACAAUGGGGAAGUUUGUUAUGCCUACAUUUGACAACAUUAUCAAACAAGAGCCUAAUGUUGAAACAAGUGAGCCAGUAUGGGUUUAUCUAGAAAGGGAAAUGCUAAAAAAUUCCGCGAACAAACCAUACAACGAGAAAGUAGGACAAUGGCUCCGAUUCCUCAAGGACUUGAAAGCUUAUUUCCGCUCAGAAGGUAUAAGAAAAGAAAGAAGGUUGCAAAAUGAAGUUGGACCUCGAUGGUACGUGGAACUCUCAAGCCCGCAGAGGCAGGUCCUUGCUGAAAUGAAAAAUUUGAUCCAUCAAGAUUUGCUAGAAGAUGUGACUCGUCGCAUGCGCAAAGCUCUGUCUGAUCUCGGUAUCACGUGUAAAAUACCGAAGAAUACAUUAAUGAGGGCUAUGGAAGAAAGUGUUGAGGACCCUGGUGUGUUCUUUUGGAGCCUUUAUCAAGAUAUUUACAAGAAGCCACCAAGUGAUCUACUACCUAAAUACGACAUGAACGCUAAGAUUAUGGUAUCGUGCUUAGUAUUCAUUGACAUGGAAGAGUGCAUAGAAACACUCGACAAGGUAACGCAACAAAAGAAAACUGUUCCAAAGGAGCGUAAAAAACCAAAAAAGAAAACCCCAAAGCCUGAUGGAAGAUAUGGAGAAUACUUGCAAAAGUUCGAAGCCCCAUUUUAUACCACUCUUAAGAAGAAAAAGGACGAAAAGAAAUUGCCUACGCCACUGACUUAUAAGUUUAAACUAAGGAGCCCUGAGAGUCUUGAAAAACUAUGCAAGAACAAAAGCUUUUUGGAAAAACGUAAAGAGAGAAAUAGAAAAGAAAAAGAAGUAGACAGACCUUGCAACUACAAAUUUUGGGAACCACCUAGUACUUUACGUAACACCGAUCCAAAGAUGGCGGCGUACGUGCUUAAAUUGCGCAUGUUGAAGUUGAGACCGAAACAAAAGUUUAAAACUCCUUACUCAAACGUCCAGUAUCACGUUGGAGGAGUUACCUUUACGGGUGGAAAGCCACAUUACCUGCUCUGUAAUGUUGCUAUAUUGCCGACUGGUUACAUUGCCAUAAACGAUGGUAUUGCUAUGUGUAACGGCGAGGCUGUCACCUGCAUAGAAGGAUUCUGGAAGUACCCGAGAGACGGAUAUGACAAAUGUACCAGUACAUGUGACUGUUUAGCCAAAUGGGAGCCCGCAGUAGUUGAUUAUUUACACGAAUCCCGUUGUAAAUGUGGACAUCUAUACGACUUCUAUAAUACUGGGGCGCGACCUAAAGAGAAGUAUUUCCAUCAAGCCACGAGACACGGAUCUUACUGGUUCGACAAAGCCAAGAUUUAUCAAUUAGAUCCUAUGGAAGAUUUCAUUAAAGACACAUUUGAGGAAGCUAUGAGAUCAAGGGAUCUUACGCCUGUGCAAUCUAUGCCGACUUUAAAUGCCGCUGGCUUAAAAGAAAGUGAACUACUCUCGGCAUUUUUGGCGGAUGUCGCGGAAACUACGCCAUUGCUUAUUCCUCACUUGCCAGAGGCCAAUUUGCUGAAUAAUCUUCAACAAUGGGCUCGUAAACGAGUCAAGGGAAAAUUGACGCCUAAGAAACAUCAACGCAUGUUACUACAGUCUCAGCGACGUUGGCUCGAACUAAAGCACAUAGACUUUAGAGCACGCGCUAAACAGAUCCCGUUCACUUUAAAACAGUUAAAAAGCAUGAAAUGGUCACAUCGCAAACUAGUGCAGAAAUUGCACGAUUACCAGAUGAGUGAUUUUAUUACGAGAAAUAGAAUAAAACAAUUGGAACAAACGCGCCUUUGGUGGUCUACUUGCAAAUACGAUCAUUAUCCUAGCAAAGCAUUUUUAGAUAUAUUCUUCACUUAUAUGCCUGGCAGAACGAAAGAUGUCCACUUGAUCAACCCGUAUAGUACAGUGCUAACACCUAAAUAUGGAGCUAAAACAUGUCCUUUAUCGAUAUAAGACUGAGAUCUACAUAGUUAGGUUGGUACUUGGUAGUUACCUAUUGUUGUCACCAAAUUGCCUUAAUGAUUAUUGUGAUAGACUAUCAUUUUAUUUAUUUUUUAUUUAAAACCGGACGGUACGUAAGUUAUUAGCGUGUACCUAUUUAUCAACACCUAAAUUAAUAUUUUGUUACGAAUAUCAUUGUAUGUAUCAUGUUUAUUAAUGUUCAUCAAACUUUAAGAAAUAAAAAAACUGAAUAUUAACA